CUGAUGGAUUAUGCGUGCAGAGAAUGCGACGUUUCCGUCUUCCUCGUGCUCUGUCUACCGUCUUGCUGGCGCUCUGUUGCCUCUUACUCACUAUCAAUGGUUUCCUAAGGGUUAGCCUUAGACUGGGCAUCGAGACCAGCCUCUUCCGAUCUCCACCUUUUCCAUCCACGCAGCACGGCCUCAACACUCCCCCGAGGACCCAUCCGGAGCGCCCUUGGUUCAUGAAGGGUGGUACCAUCCGCCCCAUCGAAACCAGAAUCGGAGGUGCGUCUCCCCUUUUGUGGCCUCACGAGGCUGGAAGUGACCGCAUCGUCAAUCAACUGAUGUAUCUGCCUCCAGGCUACGCUGCUUUUCGUAAUGCCACUCGACCUCCCCUGAAACGUAUACUUCUCUACUUCGGGCGCAAGGGGUGGAGUGAUCUCCCCAUGGGUCGCGAAGUCUUCGUCAGAGACCAGUGCCCAGUCGAUACAUGUGAAAUCACUGUCGGCCUAAAGAAAGCUGUCACUGCCGACCUUAUACUCUUCAAAGACAAAUUCAUUUCACCUACGCACCAUAGGUCUCCCCGACAGAUAUGGCUACUGUUCCUUCUGGAGUGCCCGCUCCACACACAGUCCUUCGCAGACAUGUCCGGCCUCUUUAACUGGACAGCGUCAUACAGGCACGAUUCAGACGUAGUGGCGCCCUACGAGAAAUUCGUGCCCUACGACGAGGACGAUAACAGCGACUCUGUGCCGCUACGCAACUACGCUGCUGGCAAGACACGGAAGAUUGCAUGGUUCGUCUCUAACUGCGCAGCUCGCAAUCGCCGUCUUCAAUAUGUGCGGGAACUUGCACAAUACAUCCAAGUGGACAUGUUCGGCAAAUGCGGUCCCCGGCGGUGUCCGCGAUCGACUGCCGCUCGCUGCUUCCGCAUGUUGAACAGAGAAUACAAAUUCUACUUGGCUUUCGAGAACUCCAAUUGCAGAGAUUACAUCACAGAGAAGUUCUUUAUUAACGGUUUAGGCCACGACGUCAUUCCCAUAGUCAUGGGAGCCCGUCCAGAGGACUAUGCAAGGGCCUCUCCCCCCAACUCCUACAUACACGUGGAGGAGUUCGCUGGUCCCGCAGAGUUAGCCCAUUACCUGCAUCUCUUGGACAGCAACGACACCCUCUAUAACUCCUACUUCCAAUGGAAGAACCGGGGGGAGUUCAUCAACACUCGAUUCUGGUGCCGCCUCUGCGCCCUCCUCCACGCCCCUGUCGUCCCUAAGGUCUAUACGGACAUCCACACGUGGUGGGCUGGCAAGGGCACGUGCACGAAAAACGAGUGGAGAAGGCCAGAAACAUCUUCGAUCCCCUCCCCGUCGCCCGCUUAGUGGGCGUUUGCCAACCAGUAAGGUUUUUCUAGGGCUUCCGAAGUCGUUCAUCCGGGUCUCGAACCCUGUAUACCUCAAUUACACACUUGUUAGAAUGGAAUAAAAUCUUGAUUUAGUUAA